UGUUUAGUCCUUACACUGUUGCCUUUUCUGAGCAUGAUGUGAGUUGUAGUUUUCAGUGAACGGGGUACCGUAUAUAUUCCUUAGUAGGACUUAAUUUCUGCUAUAAAUAACAUACUUUUCCGGGAGUGCAUGGGUUAAUGGGUGUUUACUACUGGGCCAAUCGGACUCUGGGUAUUACGGAGGGGCGGGAUUAUUGAGGGGACGUGUCACGUGAUCUGUGGCUGAAGAUGCACGUGUGAUGAUGGAGUAUCGCACGUCGCCUCUCUCCUCCCGGGACAUCCCUGGAGUCCCUCACACGGUCCACGUUCUGUUGGAAGGUUACUGCAAGGACGUGGCGGACGGUCUCUUCCAGGCUGACGGCUCCGUUACGCUUGUGCUCGGUCCGCUCACCGUUUUGGUGGACACGGCCGGCCCCUGGUCCCGCGACUCCCUCCUUGAGUCCCUGCAGCGCCGCGGCGUCACCCCCGCUGAUGUGACCCACGUCGUCUGCACCCACGGCCACUCUGAUCACGUGGGAAACCUGAACCUCUUCCCGAAUGCCGAGAUCCUGGUGUCCUACGACAUCUGGCGCAAAGGAUCCUACGUUCCCCAUGACUUCCGUGGCGGGGAGCCGUACCUGUUACCGGGCGGCGAAGGACUCAAAGUGGUGCCGACGCCGGGCCACACGGGCAGCGAUAUAGCCCUCCUUGUUCCUGGCACCUCCCUGGGCACGGUGGCAGUGGCUGGAGACCUGUUCGAAAGGGAAGGCGACGAGGACACGUGGCGCCAACUGAGUGAAAACCCCGAGACGCAGGAGAGGAGCCGGAGAGAGCUGCUGAAAGUGGCGGAUGUCAUUGUUCCGGGGCAUGGACCACCCUUCCAGGUCAUACGGAGCGAGCAGGAGACCAAGCGUAAUAAUCGGCUCGUCUGAUUGGGUGAUUCGGUCGUAAAGUUUCAUAUCACUCUUAACUAUACAUUGUACGGGGCCGGUUCAGCCCUUCUUGCAAAAGCUCUCUGGGUUGGCCCUUCAUAAUGAAUAGCGGAGCUAAAAUGUUCAACUCCCCUGGAAAUUCUCCAGAUCUCCCGGUUCAAUGAAUGCAGUCGUAUGCAGGGGUGUCAAACACCAGGCCUCGGGGGGGCUCUGUGUUCUUAGACGAUUGAUCCGUUUUGGGAGUGCUUCGCAGGCAUUACCUCACAGCAGAGAUGGGAAUGAGGACCCUGUGCUACGUUAUGAUCUGUCUCUACACAGGCUUGGAAAACUGAUGAACAAAUAAACACCGACGAAGGUUA